UUCACCGAUUUGAUACUAUCCGAACCGCUCGUUGUUCAGUUUUUAACCGCGGCUCCAAUUUUCUCCCUCUCCAGUUGAAGCCUCAUCUGCCCAUACCACUUUAAAUGUAGGACCAGGACAAGAUGGCGGAUAUAUCUUUGCUCAAAGAGGAUUCACAGGAGGAGUUGGACGGAUUUGGUGUGGAUGACUACAGCUCAGAGUCUGACAUCAUUAUUAUACCUUCAGCCUUGGACUUUGUAUCGCAAGAUGAGAUGCUGACUCCUCUUGGAAGAUUGGAUAAAUACGUGGCUAGCGAAAACAUUUUUAACAGACAAAUGGUGGCGCGAAGUUUGUUGGACACACUUAAAGCUGUAAAUGAGGAUGAGCGGGACUGUAUCACUGUCUUGGAGAGAGUGGGCCGACUGGCCGAUGACUCAGAGCCCACUGUAAGAGCAGAGCUAAUGGAGCAAGUUCCUCACAUCGCCAUUUUCUGUCAAGAGAACAGACCUUCCAUUCCGUUUGCCUUCUCUAAAUACUUGCUACCGAUCGUCGUGAGAUACCUGGCUGAUCAGAACAACCAGGUCAGAAAGACCAGCCAGGCAGCCCUGCUGGUGCUGCUGGAGCAGGAGCUGAUUGAGAGGGGGGACAUUGAGACCCUGGUGUGCCCUGUCCUGGUGGACCUGACCGCCCCCGACAGCAAUGACGACGUCAAGACAGAAGCCAUGGCCAUCAUCUGUAAGAUGGCCCCCAUGGUGGGCAAGGACAUCACCGAGCGCCUCUUCCUGCCCCGCUUCUGUGAGAUGUGUUGCGACUGCAGGAUGUUCCACGUACGCAAGGUUUGUGCAGCAAACUUUGGCGACAUUUGCAGUGUUGUCGGAGGAGAUGCGACAGAGGAACUCCUGCUGCCCCGCUUUUUCCAGCUCUGCUCGGACAACGUGUGGGGGGUGAGGAAGGCCUGUGCUGAGUGCUUCAUGACCGUUUCCUCAUCCACCUCGCAGGAAGUGCGCAGGACCAAGCUCUCCUCGCUCUUCAUCAGCCUCAUCAGUGACCCCUCCCGUUGGGUGCGUCAGGCUGCCUUCCAGUCGCUGGGCCAGUUCAUCUCCACGUUCGCCAGCCCCAACAGUGUGGGCCAGUACUUCAGAGAGGGGGAGGUGGGCGAGUGCUACUGUGUCCACCCACAGAACAGUACUGAAGAGAAACCACGGAACCCAGACUCUACAGACCCCUCCCUAAGGGCUAACACAGAGAAUUACUCUCAGAGGCAGGGGGAGGACUUGCCUGCAUGCACAAAUGGCAACCAAGAGGAGGGUUGUCCACAGCAGGACUGCAUUUCGACAGGCGACCUGGGGGAGGGGGUGUUGUGCCGGACAGAGGAGGUAGGGGUGGAUGUGGCAGAGGAAGGGGGUGGGGAGCAGGCGGCGGAGGCCUUGAUGGAUGCCUCGGACGGUGGACCGUGCUGCGAGGAUGCCGACAUAGUUCCAGAGUGCCUCUGUGACGAGAAGCGCAAGAAGGAGCCUUCCUCGCUAACCCCCGACUCCUCCGACACAGCAGGUGCUCGGGAGGAGGAGGAUGCCCCUUCAGGGGAUACUGAGAAUGAGUCACAGCCACCUGAAAAGCACACAACCUCUAAUGAGAAGGAUGACUCACCAGUAGACAUAUCUGAGCCCUCAUCCUUGUCUGAGCCAGUAGAGGAAUCCCCCUCUGUCAGUCCUCAGGACAAUAUCCCCGAGCAGGAGCUCUACAACUCCUUCCACUUCUGGAGGAUGCCCAUCGCUGAGAUGGACCUGGACAUGGAGCUGCUCCAGCAUGGGGAAAGCGGCCAGCAGGAGUCCCCCAGUUAUGGCUCCUCCAGUCAGGGCAAGACUAAGGCCUCGGCACCCGUCCUGGACCGGAAACAGCUGGAAGAGCUGAUUGAAAACCUGGAGCCUCAUAUUGAUGACCCUGACGUGAAAGCACAAGUGGAAGUCCUGACGGCUGCUCUGAGAGCCACCACCAUGGACUCUCACCUAGAGGAUGCCUUCCUGGAGCCCCGGGACAGCAAGGGGGGACACCACCACGACAACCCCUUUGGAGUGCACCAAAUGCCCCUCAUAGGAGACCACUCAGACAUGGAGAGCCGAACCUCGACCCUGCAGAUGAGCCACGGUGAUGACUCUGAGCUGAGCGACAGCAGCUUCAGUCCAGAGGAUGAGAAGAAAUCCAAGCAUCAGGACGUGAUACCCCAGGCCCUGCUGGACCAGUACCUGUCCAUGACGGACCCUUCCAGAGCCCAGACGGUGGACAUGGAGAUCGCCAAGCAUUGUGCCUACAGCCUGCCCGGUGUGGCCAUGACCCUAGGCAGACAGAACUGGCACUGCCUCCGGGAUACCUACGAGACCCUGGCCUCCGACAUGCAGUGGAAAGUGCGUCGGACGCUGGCCUUCUCCAUCCACGAGCUGGCCCUGAUCCUGGGGGACCAGCUGACAGCAGCUGACCUGGUGCCCAUCUUCAACAGCUUCCUCAAGGACCUGGAUGAGGUGCGGGUAGGGGUCCUCAAACACCUCUACGACUUCCUCAAGCUGCUGCACCAGGAGACGCGGCGUAAAUACCUGUACCAGCUCCAGGAGUUCCUGGUCACAGACAACAGCCGAAACUGGCGCUUCCGGUCAGAGCUGGCUGAACAGCUGGUGCUGCUACUGGAGUUGUACAGUGGUCAGGAUGUGUAUGACUACCUUCGUCCUCUGUCCUUCAGCCUGUGUACGGACCGAGUGUCCUCUGUACGCUGGACCUCCUACAAACUGGUGAGUGAGAUCAUCAGGAAGGUGGCGUCGUGCCAGGUGUUGUUGACAGACUUCCUGAGUGAGCUGGUGGAGAAGUUCUGCCACUCUCACAAGUGGUCGGGACGACAGGCCUUCACCUUCGUAUGUCAGCUGGUAAUUGAGGAUGACUGUGUGUCGUUGGAGCAGUUCUCGGAGCACUUGCUAGCCCCUCUGUUACAGCUGGCCUCUGACCCCGUGGCCAACGUCAGGGUGCUGCUGGCCAAGACCAUCCGCCAGAGCCUGGUGGAGAGAGAGUACUUCCUGCAUUCUGCCAACUCCCACCAGGAGGCGCUGGAGCAGACCCUGGUGGCACUGCAGAUGGACCUGGACAAGGACGUCAAGUACUUUGCCAGCGUCCAUCCUGGGAGUACACGCAUCAGUGAGGAUGCCAUGAGCACCACCUCCUCGACCUACUGAGCCCAGAGCACUCCCACCCAUCUCUCUAAACAGACACUCCAUCUGCUCUACUGAACUCAAGCCAGGUAGGGGCCGAGGACUUGAUGUAGCCCUCUUCUAUGGGCACUUAGACUUCCAUACAUACACAAGCGAAGGACCUGCGCAACAACACAAGUUGCCCAAUGCAGUGCAGCACAACUCGACUCACUACAACCUAUUUUUUUUUUAUUUUUUUUUUGUGGUUUGCUUAUAUAUUUUUUGCCACAGAAGCCUUAAGUGUCUUCCUUAAACGUGAAAAUACUUGAAUGUCCAGAUGGAUUUGGGAUCAAAAACACAACGAAUGGAAAGAAACGCACAGGAAACAGAGCUAUAAGGACCAUUUCUCCCCCUCGGCUUCUCUCGUUCUCUCGGUAGAAUCCUCCCCAGACUUAGUGGAAAAGCCAGUAUCUCACAAGCUUUAUGGAAGCACAUAGCAGGAUUACUCUAUCCAACUCAAAAUGUUUAAACAAAGUUUCUGUAAUUGCUUUCCUCUUUGAUACUGUAUAUAUGACUUAUCCUGCAUAUCAACAAAAAACAUCUGUACUAUCACAGCCUGGCUGUGGGGUGCUGUCGGUGGGAAAUGCAGAGUUUGGAAUACAGGGCUCCUGCCUCCAUUGUUUUAACUCUAGUGCAGCACAUUGUUGUACCCAUAGACAGAGGUCCACCCCCUGGCAUGCAGGGGGGUUCCUGUUGUCAAUGAAAAAUAACUAUUGUAUUUUUUAUUAAUAUUAUGGCUGUCUGGUUUGCGGCCUUUAAGCAAGCAGAGAGAUCCAUUUGUAAAAGGUCAGCACACACUCACUUGAAACGGGGUAUUUUAACCUGAGAAUAAAAUACUGCGACCCCCCCCCCCCCCCCCCCCCCCCUCCGUUCUCCUUUUUGCUUUGUCCGUCCCCCUUCUCUCCCUUAUACCUUAUCUGUACAUAUCUCUAGUAACCUUUAUCCAUUUUGAUCAUGAAUAGAAUUGUGAUACAAUUUUGUUCUGUUUUACCUUUCUCAACAUGAAAUGAAAUAAAAAGCAGGCACUAAAA